AUGGCCCAGACCCUCCAGAUGGCGAUCCCAAACUUUGGCAACAACGUUUUAGAGUGUCUGAAUGAGCAGCGGCUGCAGGGCCUUUAUUGCGAUGUCUCCGUGGUGGUGAAAGGGCAUGCUUUCAAGGCUCACCGUGCUGUUUUGGCUGCGAGCAGUUCUUAUUUCCGGGACCUCUUCAGCAACAGCAGCAGUAGUGGAGGCUGUAGCAGCAAUGAGGCCAGCCCAACAGUGGUGGAACUUCCACCGGCUGUGCAGCCCCAGAGCUUUCAACAGAUUUUAGCCUUUUGCUACACAGGCCGUCUGAGCAUGACUGUGGGGGACCAGUUCCUCCUCAUGUAUACUGCUGGCUUCCUGCAGAUCCAACAAAUCAUGGAAAAAGGCACUGAAUUCUUCCUCAAGGUUUCCUCCCCCAGUUGUGACUCUCAGGGUCUAAACGCAGAAGAGGCUCCCCCGUCUGAGCCUCAAAGCCCCGUAACACAGACUGGUACCGGCGCAGCCCGACCCGCCACCUGUUUGACGCCUCUCCCGUUGGUGUCACGUGUGAAGACAGAGCAGCCCGCGAGCCAGCCGGAAGCUGCUGCUCAUUCGGUUGUCUGCACUCCUGUCGCCAAACGAUUAUGGGAGGGUGGCAGCAGCCGUGAUGGAGGAGGAGCGGGCUCCGGCACAGGAGGCGGAGCUAGAAAGGCAGCACGUUACUCCCAGGAGGGAGUUCGAGGCAGCGCCAUCCAGAGCCCCGCAGCCUUAGGACUGGCCAUGGGUAUGGGUGCCACUGCAACCAGUCUGGCCGGAAUGGUGGCAAGUGGGGGGAUUAGUGGCAAUACAGGCACCAAUGGUACCUCUGCGUCCGGUGCGGGCAUGUCAGAGGGUGCCAGCCCAGGCACCUUGAGUACAUACGCUAGUGACUCACCCAUUAGCUACCACGACGAUGAAGAGGAAGAAGAGGGCACCGAGGACUGUGCUGAAGAGCAGUACAGGCAAAUCUGCAACAUGUACACCAUGUACAGCAUGCUCAACAUGGGGGCUGUAGCUGCUGGCGAACGGGUAGAAGCGCUUCCUGAUCACACCGAGACACGGGGGCGCAUGCGCGGGCGAGACCUCACCUGCCUCCCGGCAGAGCUUAUUGCCCAGAUAGGCAACCGUUGUCAUCCCAAACUAUAUGAGGAAGGAGAUCCUGCUGAGAAACUAGAACUAGUCUCAGGUACAUCUGUCUUUAUUUCCCGAGCCCAGCUAAUGAACUGUCAUGUGAGUGCGGGGACCAGACACAAGGUGCUGCUGAGGAGGCUACUGGCUGCCUUCUUUGACAGGAAUACGCUGGCCAACAGCUGCGGGACAGGCAUCCGCUCAUCCACCAAUGACCCAAGCCGCAAGCCCCUGGACAACAGAGUGCUACAUGCAGUCAAAUUUUACUGCCAGAACUUUGCUACCAGUUUCAAAGAGAGUGAGAUGAAUGCCAUCGCCGCCGACAUGUGCACCAAUGCCCGGCGAGUAGUCCGGAAGAGUUGGAUCCCUAAACUCAAGCUGCUGAUCGCCGAAAGCGACGCUUAUUCCGCCUUCCUCUCCGACGGCGUGAAAGCAGAGGACGACACCUUGGGCGCCGAUCCUGCUUUUGACCCCGCCUCUCUGGAAGCCUCUGCCGGCGCGGAGUCAGGUGGUUCCUCAGGUGAAUCCCUACCAGGCGUGAGCGGGGAUGUUGGAGCGUUAUUUUGA